AUGAUGUAUCCUAUUUCUAAGCCUGUCUAUUUCAUUGGAGAAAAAAUUGGAAUUAAUUUCAGCAAUCCAACUGCUUCCCCCGAUCGAUGGUACAUGGCCAAGUCUGGAAUGUUCUUUUUGGUAAUUUUCCUUCUUUUUUGGAUGAUACUUCACUUUUUUGUGCACAUGAUCUCAUCUUUGAUUGCAAAAUAUCUUUUGCCAGCCGAGAGCUGCUCCUCAAGCGUGCAAAAGACCGAUGCCAAGUCGAUGUUGAGCAAAGUCAAUGCCCCUGGUGUACGGCAGAGAAAUUCCAAUGGAGAACGGUCCAAGGCGAAAAAGGAGGAACCGGCUUGUUUGAGCGCAAGCAAUAAUUGUAACAAAGAGCCUUUGAAGCGUGUAAAGUUUAACGUUGCGUUCUGGAAGGCCGUCAAUUAUUCGUUCCUCGUUUUUGUUGGAUUGAAGACCUUGCGAUCGGCGGAUUGGCUGCCAAACUACCACGAAUAUGCUAUACCUUUACCGCUAAUCGAAAUUAAAACCACAAUUUAUUAUCACCUUGCAAUUGCUUCAUACCUGUAUGGCUUCUUUUGCCUGCUAGUGGAGCCUCAUCUGAAAGACUUCAUGAUAAUGGUUUCUCACCAUUUGGUUACGCUGCUGUUGCUGAUCGGCUCAUACUACUUACUUGGGUCGGUACGCAUUGGCAUGGUAGUCAUGAUUCUUCAUGAUAUUUGCGAUCCUUUUAUGGAGAUUGCAAAGCUUUGUCUUUACGCGGAUCUCCAUCUUCCUGCGAACGUCUUUUUCGUGUCCUUUGCGUUGAUCUUUAUCGUUUCCAGAUGUGUUAUUUAUCCAACAUUUGUCAUACACCCACUAUUUAUUUUACUGCAAAGCGAAGAGAAUCAAAUGAUGAUUGCUUAUGCCCAUCUUUUAAUGUUGUGUAUUAUCUUUGUUAUGGAUGUCUAUUGGACAUUUCUUAUCCUCAAAAUGAUCGUCGCUCAGUUGACCGGCAAAUCGCUAAAAAGAGACAUACGCGAAGAAGUGGACAAUGAAGACUGA